UUUCAGAUGAAAGUUAAAGAAACAAAUAAAAUAAAAAAAGGAAAAUAGGAAAGAUAUUCUAAAAUUAAGGAGCAUAUAUGGUAUAAACUAAUUUUUUAGACAUGUUUUAACACACUAUCUUAGCAAGUAUCAUAAAAUCAAUAAAAAAUUAUGACACGUUUCUCAUUUUAAUUUAAAAAAAUCUUGCACUUUUCAAUGUGUUUUGAUUACUUUGGACAGUGAGAUUUUCAUAAUACAAAAAUAAUACACAUGCAUGAAAACCAUCAAAGAUUGACAAGGCUUAUAUUUUUAACAACUUGACUUGAAUAAUGUCUUGCCUAAAUCCAUAACCAUUCACCACCCCACCUAACCUUUCUCUCUCUCUCUCUCUCUCUCUCUCUCUCUCUCUCUCUCUCUCUCUAAAAGGGAGACAAGGAGACACUGCAUUUACUAGAGCCAUGUGCAAACUUCCGUAACAAAAUCCAAUAUGAAUACAAAAAAGCUUAUCCUUUUAUUCACACUAGAAGAAAAAAGGUCCUUACUUCAAUAUAUAUUAUUGGGACUCUCUUCUCUCCAACUAACCAUAAAUGAAGAAUGCCUAGAUUGUAUCAUCAUCACUAUAACAAUAAUAGGUAUCUUCUAAACUUGACCAAAAAAAAAAAAGUGAGACAAACCGACACUCAAAAAAACCCUAAAAUAUCAAAGUUCAUUCAUGCAAGAAAAGACUCUUCUUUUAUUCUUUCCUUGCUUUGCAUGUACAUAAAAAUCGGUUCUUUAUAUAAAUCUCAAUAUAAUAUUCAAGAAAAAAACAAAAAAACAAAAUAAAGUUACAAACUUUAGUGAGUCACUCACUCACUAACUCACUCUCUUAUAUUGUUCUUUCUUUAGUUAUAGAAGAAAGAAACGUAACCAAAAGUACUCUCUUCAAAAUGGUUUUGCCUGAAUUUUCUCGAUACCAAACCUCACCAAAACGCAGCGUUUUAUACAAAACAGCUUCACUCAUCGCCGACGGCUUUCUCUUCGUCGGCGGAGCUUCAUUAGCCAUUUCAUUGAUAUGGGCACUUCUCACUUCCAUUAAUCCAAACCCAUUAUUCGAAACCAUUUUCACCACUACUCAACCAACCUCAAACGACGUCGUUCCCAGCUUAAACACAGUUUACUCCGGCGUUGACUCACCUGAGUCAACAUUCUACGACGACCCAGAAUUAAGCUACUCCAUUGACCGACCAGUCAAAAACUGGGACCAAAAACGAAAACAAUGGCUCAAACACCAUACCCACUUCGCUGAAAGUACAAACAAUCGAGUUUUAAUCGUUACAGGUUCUCAACCUUCCGUUUGCCGGAACCCCACCGGCGAUCAUCUACAUCUUCGGUUGUUUAAGAACAAAGUCGAUUACAGUCGUAUUCAUGGCCAUGAAAUCUUCUACAACAAUGCUCUGUUUCAUCCUCAAAUGCCUGGGUUUUGGGCUAAGUACCCAUUAAUCCGAUCAGCCAUGUUAGCUCACCCGGAAGUUGAAUGGGUUUGGUGGGUCGAUUCCGAUGCCGUUUUUACAGACAUGGAGUUCAAAUUACCUUUGGAGAAAUACGAAAGAUUCAAUCUUGUCGUUCAUGGCUGGUCAAAUUUGGUCUACGACAACAAAAGCUGGACCAGUUUAAACGCCGGCGUUUUCUUGAUAAGAAAUUGUCAAUGGUCAAUGGAGAUUAUGGAGAGGUGGACUAGUAUGGGACCUAAGAGCCCAGAUUAUGAAAAAUGGGGAAAAACCCAGAAAUCAUUACUUAAAGAUAAGUUGUAUCCUGAAUCAGAUGAUCAAUCUGCUUUGAUUUAUCUUCUAUUGAAAGAGAAAGAGAAAUGGGGUGAGAAGAUUUUUCUUGAGAGUGAUUAUAACUUUGAAGGGUAUUGGUUAAGUUUAGUUGAUGAUCUUGAUGAUAUUAGUAAGAGUUAUAUUGAGAUUGAGCAAAAAGUUGAGAUUUUGAGGAGAAGACAUGCUGAGAAAGUGAGUGAGUAUUAUGGUUUGUUGAGAGAAGAGUAUGUUAAUGGAAUAGUAAAGAGAAGACCUUUUGUUGUACAUUUUACAGGUUGUGAGCCAUGUAGUGGGGAAUUUAAUCCUACUUAUACUUGGGAAGCUUGUUGGAAUGGGAUGCAGAGGGCUUUGAAUUUUGCAGAUAAUCAAGUUCUUAGAAGAUUUGGUUUUUUUCGACCUGAUUUGCUUAAUUCUUCUUUGUUGUUACCUCUGCCUUUUGAUUUUCCUUUGGUGUGGUGAUUUUGUUUGUUUGUUUGUUUGUUUGUCUUAGUAGCUAUGUUAUUUGUAUUGGCCUUUUUGGACAUAAUUUCAAUAAUGAUUUUGAGGCUUUUUGGUUGUA